AUGUCUGACAGUUGCGAGGCAUUACCACCACUGGAUGCUAAAAAUACUGAGAUCCACAAGAUCUUCAGGGAAGAAAACUUGACAAACUCAAGCAUCCGAAGACUUGUUCAAUGGCACAACCAAACGUAUCCUUUUGCAACGCCUAUAGUCUCAACAUUCAAGGCCAGCUCUGCUAGGAAAAGGGUCACUUCUUUUGCACCUUAUACAGUCGAUGUGUGCAUCAGGUAUUGCUAUGCCUUUCAACCACCAGAGGAUGGGGACGAAUGUCCAGUGUGCUUUGAAAAGAGAUUCAAUAUUGAUGGUAGCCCCAGAAGAACCAUCAAGAUGCUACCAAUUGGUCCACAACUUGCCACGUUGUUCGAAAAUCCAAACUUCAUCAGAGUGCUUGAUGACGAGGAUUCAUCCAUCAGAGCAAGGUUCAAGGGCGAUACAAUGCAAAAUUUAGUGAACAACAGACAUCUAUUCGACAAUAGAUACGACAUUGACCUGUCCCUGUACGUAGAUGGAUUCCAAUCACACAAAAAAGGCGGUGCAAUGUUGAACUUGGUCAUGAUACAAAUCUUGAGCCUUCCUUCUGCCUAUAGAUACAAAAUGGAGUUCCUGAUUGAUUUCGCCAUUAUCCCAAACACCAAGAGAUUAGACAGUUACCUCCAAUACCUUGUCAACGAAUUGGAAAAAUUGGCUCGUGAUGGACUACAGGUGCAGAGAAACAACUCAACAAGUAUCUCGCUCAAAGUUCACCUCAUGGGAUCCUUUGGUGAUAUCCCCAGCGUCAGCGAACUCAAUUUCCUCGCAUCCCAUACGUUGCUUCAAGGCUGCCGUUUUUGUGCGAUCAUUGGCAUCAGCAAAAAUGGUGUUAUUUCUUUUCAACUAGCAGCUAAUGAUGAAGAUCGACCACUACGAUUGCUAACAAUUGAAGAAUACAAAUCCAGUGCACUAGAACUUGGUAUCGAAAGGCCUUCUUUGUUUCGAAACCUGCCAUCAUUCAUUGAUCCAACAUUUGUGGGCUUGGAUGAAUUUCAUUUGUUUGGACAAAACAUGACACCAAGAAUCAAGAAAAUGUUUACGGACAAGGAAUCAAUUCUUCGCUUGAAACCGCGACAAAUAGAGAAGAUCAGCAUUUGCUUGAACCAACUUGCAAGCAUAUCACCUUUGAUCUUCGAAGGCAAUUUCAUGGAUGUCUUCAGCAAGGGAGGGACGGAUUGA